AUUGUUGUUGUGUGUUAAGGGUAAAUUAAGUUUUGUGUUGAAGGCUUUGGUGAGUGUGGGACAGUUGAACAUGUUCUGCUCCUCUCUUUAGGUUUUCAAACUCAGCCGUCAGUUUCCAGCAGAGUGACGUCAUGGCUGCAGCACUAGUGCCAGAUCAUCGGAUGUCACGGCAGCUGAGCAGCAGCUAUGAAAUGCUGCCACCUGACAUGUCUGAGCUGAGAGUUGUUCUGCUGGGGAACAGAUGGUCUGAGAGGAGUUCAGUGGGGAACUUGAUACUGGGAAAGACUCUGUUCAGCACUGAGGAAGAACCAGACAACUGUGUGAGACAAAGAGGGCAGCUGGAGAAGAAAGAAAUAGUUCUCAUCAACACUCCAGAUCUGCUGCUUCCCAACAUCUCUGAACACAAACUAAGAAAACAUGUAGAAAACUGUGUGAGACUCUCUGAUCCUGGACCUCAUGUGUUCCUGCUGGUUCUACAGCCUGAAGACUUCACUGAGGAACACAAACAGAGACUCUGCAGAGUCCUUGAAAAGUUCAGUGAGCGAUCAUUCGAUCAUUCACUGGUUCUGAUCUCAACACCCAGAGAGGAGAGAUCAGAUUUAGAAGAAAAUUAUAUGCAACAUUCUACAUUAAAAGAGAUGAUCAGAAUGUGUAGAUACAGAUAUCUGAAGCUGAAGAACCUUGAACAUCCAGAGCUGUUAACACGUUUGGAGGAUGCAUGUUUGAAAACGAAACCAAAGUCUGAACACAUGAAACCAGCUCUAAACAUGGUUCUGUGUGGGAGGAGAGGAGCACGGAAGACCUCAGCAGCCAAGGCCAUUUUAGGUCAGACAGAGCUUCAUUCAGUCUCCAGCUCAGAGUGUGUUAAACAUCAGGGAGAGGUGUGUGGACGUUGGGUUUCCCUGGUGGAGCUGCCUGCAUUGAAUGGAAAACCUCAGGAGGAAGUGAUGGAGGAAUCAUUCAGGUGUAUCUCCCUCUGUGAUCCUGAGGGCGUCCAUGCCUUCAUCCUGGUCCUUCCUGUGGGUCCCCUCACUGAUGAAGACAAGGGAGAGUUGGAGACCAUCCAGAACACUUUCAGCUCUCGAGUCAAUGACUUCACCAUGAUUCUGUUCACUGUGGAGUCAGAUCCCACAGCUACAGAUGUUAACUUUCUGAAGAAAAACAAGGACAUCCAGGAGCUCCGUCAGAGCUGUGGAGGAAGACAGUUUGUCCUCAACAUCAGGGACCAGCAGCAGAUCCCAGAGCUGUUGGAUGAUGUGGAAAGGAUGAGAGUGAAAGGAUCAAGAUGCUUCACGAAGGACACGUUCACCAAGGCUCAGAUGGAGAAGGUCUUAGAACUUAAAGCUGAACUGCAGAAUGUAAAGCAGAGAGGUGCCAUGGAAGGUUAUGGUGAACAUGAGAGCAGAGAGCCUCUCAGAAUGGUGCUGAUUGGGAAGACCGGCAGCGGGAAGAGUACAACAGCAAACAUAAUUUUGGGCAAAAAGCAUUUCAAAACCACAAUCGCCACAAAGCUAAAGAUCAAAUCCUGUGAGAAAGCAACAGGAGAGAUUGAUGGGCGGCCUGUCGUUGUCGUCAACACUCCCGGCUUGUUUAAUACAACUCUGUCUGAGGAUGAAAUUCGAAAGGAGCUUCAGAAAUGCAUCAGCAUGUUGUGGCCUGGACCUCAUGUGAUCUUCCUGUUGCUGCAGAUUGGGAACAUUACAGAAGAAGAAAAAGACUCUGUGGAGCUGAUCAAGGAGGUUUAUGGCAAGAAUUCAGGAGAUUUCAUCAUCCUUAUAUUCACCAGAGGAAAUGAACUGGAGGAUCAGUCAUUUGAGAGUUAUAUCAAAGAUUGUGAUGACUUUGUUAAACAACUCAUAGAUGACUGCGGAGGGAGAUACCAGGUGCUCAAUAAUAAAGAUGACAUAAACCGCACACAAGUCAGAGAGCUGCUGACCAAGAUUGACACCAUGGUGAAGAAAAAUGGAGGCAGCUGCUGCGCCACUGUGGAGCAAGUUACAAAAGAGGAACAUCAUGAAGAAAUGCAACAGAUGAAGUUAGAACUUGAAGCAAAAAUGUCUGAACAAAGUAAGCAACUGGGGGAAGAAAUGAAAAAACUGGGAGGAGAACUGCAAAGCAUGAAGCUGAAACAGGCUGGAAGAAAGAAAAACAAAUGCCCCAUCCAGUGAUUAUGUAGAACAUCGAACAUAUACAAGAAGUACACUCAGGAAAUUGGCCUCCUAACACCUUAGAUAAUCAAUUUUAACAAUUUGGAUUGGGAUUUUUUCAUGCUUGCGCUAUCUUGUGCACUGUAUCCGCAUGUAUUUAAUGAACUGGAUAAACUUGGAAAGCCAUCCGUUCACUAGAUAACAGCUGCCUCCAACUGAUAUUGGACAGUACCACUUUAAACACAAGAUGUAAGCUCAAUCCAAGGCCUGACCUCAAUUAGUUUAACUAAGUGUAACCUUCAUAUAAGUUACCUGACAACUCAUAUUUUAUACAUUGUUGAAUCCAGUCUAUUAGAUAUACUCUCUGGGCAGUUAUUUGCUGAAAGAGCUGUCCUAUGCUCCAUUCCUUUUUUGGCACCUAACAGCUGACUAAAACAUACUUCCAACAAGAACUGGGCACAAAAAUGCUCUAAUUGUAAUAUUCAAAUUUAGUGGAAACAAAAUUCUUCUGUUUUAUGUGCUGUUAUUACAGACAGUGGAGAGAUGACGAGGAAUGGAGAGCAUAACACAUUUUUCCUGUCUGGAUGUUGGUUCAUGGUCAGUAUCUUGUUAUCAUAUGGAUUUUUGAGUUUUUCCUAAGAACUCAUUUGACUUUUUUAUUGACUGAGGCUCCGCAGAGUCCUAAAACUGUUUGGUGAUUGUUCACUGGUUCGGAUGUCAACACCCAGAGAGGAGAGUUCAUCUUUCAUGGAUAAAGAUGCAGCACAUCAGCCCUUAAAAGACAUGAUCGGAAAAUGUAGAUACAGAUAUCUAAAGCAAAAGAACAUUAAACUUCCAAAGCCAUUAACCCAUUUGGGUCAAACAACCAACAAGAAGAAUGGAGAGCAUGACAGCUGUGAUGUAUUGAGGGUGAGGACGCAGGUUUGAUAAUGACCCCAAAGUCUGUGUCUGAACCCAACGAACUAAAGCAAAGGACACAGAUGGAAGAAGAAGAAGAAGAAACAAUGAGAAAAAAAAAUAGAUUUUUCUUGUUUGCUGAAUACUUUAAUAUUCUCUACAGAGAUUUC